AUGCCGAGGUCCUCUUCCACCUCCACCACCAGGCGGCCCAUCCUCGGCAAGGCCAUGGCCAUCCUCACGACCCUCCCGCUCACGCCCAUCUCCAAAGCCAGGGCGGCACGCACCCUGCUCCUCUUCAAGCGCCGCCGCGCCAGACGCCUCCGCCACUACAGCUACGCGUACGUCGGCGAGUACCAGUUCUCCCCCUCGGGCUCCCCACUCCUGCUCCCGCGCCCGCCGGGCCUCUCCGCCUGGCGCAGCGCCAAGCAGCACCGAACAAGAGGCGGCAGGGCCAGGGCCGUCCUUGCGUCCCUCUUCUGCUGCGCCGGCGGGGACGCGCUCGACGUCGCCGUGCUCGACGGCCUGCCGCCCCUGCCACCGCUGCCGCUGCCCCAGGACGACGGCGCGUACGACGGCGAGGUGUACGGCGAGGUGCAGGAGGAGGAGGAGUACGAGGAGGACCAGGAGGAGGAGGUGGACAGCCGCGCGGAGCGGUUCAUCGAGAGGUUCUACCAGGAGAUGAGGAUGCAGGAGACGCGCCGCCUCCUCAUCUAG